GCUCCGAUCUGGCCGCGACGACGAUCAAUCGAGCCGGCGAAGGGUUUCGUACCGCACAAAACAUUUCGCGUGAUCGACGAUUUUUGCCGGUGGUUGCGAGCGAGUGCGGGAUAACGACGACAUCAUCGCGAACGCGAAUCAGAAGUCACCCGGAACUUACGCGAAUAUCAUCGGCUCUUGUGAUCUCGACGUUGGAAAAAUCGCAUAACCUUUGGAGAAUUUCACGGAAGAUCUGGAGUUGCGAAAUUUGUUCUGGAGUUUUUGUGGUGCAAGAAUAUUUUGAGAUUUCGACAAACCGAGGGAUAGAAAUCUCUACCUCCAAACGUUUCUGAAAGUUCUGAGGUCGUAUUCCACGUCGAGGAGUAGAUUCGGACAUCGGAAAAGAUCAGAGGCGCGAGAGAACCCGACUAUGUGCCGGUGUCUCGCGCUGGGUCUAGGGUGCUGGGAUAGUCGUUGUCGGUGAUCGAGCGCGGCGUCGCGACGGCGGAGCACAAGACGUAAUUCGGUCUAUACGCGUCAGCUGAUUCGGCGAGGAGGAAGCGGACAGAGAAGAAGAUCCACAAUGGCUCUAGUAAUGUUACCGUGCGAUUUGCCUUGGUGGCCGACUGUCGUCAAACAGCUGGACAAGGCCGCCUCGGCUAAGAAUUCCGAAGACCUAAUAGACGCGAUGCAACGACUGCAUGACAUGUGCAACAUAAGCCUCGAUCCUGAGGAAGAUGUACAAGACCCCAACUUGUUCUCCAAAUUGGCGACUUUCUUAGACAAAGAUCUCGAUUUAGCAGAGAGAGAACAGGUAUUCACGAAGACAAUACCGCAAAUGGUGGAACGAGCGAAAGCCUUAAAAUCCACAAAACCCCCGCAAGGUUUACAUUUUAGUCUCCAGCAGCAAGGAGAUAGCGUUGAGUACAGUUAUGCCUUUGUCUCCUCUUUAAUCGCAAACGCAUUUUUCUCGACUUAUCCGAAGAGAACCGCGAAAACGCAUCCCACGUUGCGCGAUUUUAACUUUACGAACUUCUUCAGACAUCUUCACAAAAACGCACAAAAAGCAAAGCUCAAAAGUAUCUUCCAUUAUUAUAAUUAUCUCGAGACGGAGCACGCGCUCGAUGGUUGUUUGAUAAUUUCCAGACAGGUGAUGACAUCUAAGCAAUGGCUCACUAUAGAAGAUUGGCUGGAGAGCAAUACACCUUUAUGCCAGCUGACGAUACGUCACGAAGGUCGAUUGGAAAGAAUCGAAGCGGAAUCGAAAGUGUUGCAAGUGUGCUUCGCCAAUGCCAAAAUCGGCGGCGGAGUACUCGACGGUGACGUCACGCAGGAGACUGUACAUGUCGCGACACAUCCAGAGAUGCUCGCCGCAAUGCUGUCUGUCGAGGCCUUAGAAGACAACGAAGUACUGAUAAUAGAAGGUGUCAGACACAUGUCGAGGAUAAACGAUCCGCGGCACAAGGCGAUAUUCGAGGGCAUCUUAAAGCCAAAUGUGGUGACCGUCUGCUGCAUAGAUCCCGAGGACUACUCGCGACUGCCGUUAACGCAGUUCGAGGAGGACAAUAUUCUCAGGGAGAUGAACAAGUCGUUGCUGGGAUUUCGCCAGAGGCACGUGCCCAGCAGCCCGACGGAUCCGAUCAAAACGGACUCGGAGGCGGAGAUCGGUCUAGGAUCGCGCAGACUGUCGCCGAUCGGCGAGAGUUUCAGCAGCACCCCGCCGGAAACUGAGGGCGAGGACAAGGGCUUUGCCGCGAGCAAUAAUUCCAAGAUAUCGGCGGACAAGCAAGAUCACUGCACAUUGGAAAGCGCGACGGAGACGCGCACGAGGCCUAACGGUAAAUCGGUGAGACCGCCGAGUCCUUACAAGGUGUGCAAGGACGCGAGCUGCACGAAUCGUCGGAAUCGGUUCAUCGUGCUCGGAUCGAGUGGCGAGAUUCUGCCGGUUACGCGCAAAUCACUCGGUCAAACGUCGGUCUACAGCAGUUGCAACAGUCAGAGCACGGACAGUUUUCACAGCGCCAAGGAGACCAUCGACGAGGAACCUGAGGAAGAAGAGCAGAAGCUCACCAAACGUUACAGCACACAAUUAGAUACACCCGAGAGACGGGGAACUUUCGCGCAGAGACUCAAGGAUGCUCUGAAACGAGAAAGCACGGCGACCGGAAUGACCUCCUCGAAUACAUCCUCCGGCGAGAGCAGCUACGCCGUCGGCAUAAGCGUCAGCGGCAGUCACGUCGAUGAUCAAGACAUCAAGGUGAGAAGAGGAGGAUCGAGGGGCUUUGUCUUGCGGGACGAGACAGUAGACGAAGAAUUCUUGAAGGAAUCUCUAGAGGCCGAGCAAAAAUGGCUUGGCCGAUUCCGACAGAAUCAGGGACCUAUGAUUCAGAAGAAGGACACGAGUGCGAGCAGCAAGUAUAGCUUCAGCACCGAAUAUAAUUCUGAUUUCUGUUCCGAACUGGAAGAAGUUUACGAGCAGCUGUCGAAAUGGCUGGACGAUCCGAUAAUGACGGACGAAAAUCGAGAACUGGACGCGAGAGAUCAGGCAGUCGUGCAAUUCGCCGGUUCGCUUUUAAAACGCGCUCUGAGCGAAUCGUUCGCCGGUGUGCCGGUCCAGGAGGGCGAGCCGCAGCCGUUCAUCGACGCGAACGACGUGAACCAGCAGCACAAGCUCGCGCUGGCCGUGAGAAGCCUCAGUCUGGAACUCGCUCGGCAAAAGAACCGAAGACAACAAUCAGUGUCCGAGUCCGAAGAUGUAGAUCGCUACGAGGACGCCUCGAGCGAGAUAAUAACGGAGACGAGGGAUGCCCAACGUAGGAAACUUCGUGCCGUUACGUUUACGUCGGAAGUGUUUCAAACAUUGGUCGAUGAUCAGACGACUGUGCGUUUAUCAGCAACACCCGUAUCUGGGUUGAGUCAAACGGCGAACGUGCGCAAAACGCACAAAACGAAUAUGCUCGGUGUCACAGAGUUGCAGCGCGACAAUAGUCCGCAAGGAGGAGGUUUAUUACCCAUCGCUACCGGUAACUGGGGAUGUGGGACCAGGUUGAAGGGCAAUCCGCAGCUGAAACUCGUUAUUCAAUGGCUCGCUUCCUCUCUGGCGGGCGCGCCAAGACUAAUCUAUUACACCGCCGGCAAUCCCAGUUUAUCUAAGUUGGAUACCGUGAGCAGAGUUCUAAUGGACAGACGUUGGUCGGUGGGCGAUCUGGCCGCUGCGACGUUGAGAUACGCUGUGCAGACAAUCGAGGACCAAGUAGAAGGAAAGAACAGCCUCUUCGAGGAGAUCAUCGGCAUGGACAAGCCGAGUCCUUAGCCCGGCACGACGCUGUCUGUUCUGGUAGACAUCCUGGCUACUAUGAUCGAGGACAGCCUAUUAAAGACCUAAUAUAUCAAUAUUACUCUCCCCCCACGUGAGAGAGAACACAGAAAAAAAAAAAAAAAACAAACAAACGGGUAUUUAAUUGUAGUUGAAGAUACAAAAUCAAGACUUAAUUCUAAUUAACAGUUACAAACGUAGUCACAUAAGAGAGACACGUUUUAUUUUAACA